ACGAACGUUGUGAUUCCCAUAAAGAACUCGAAAUAAUUGAGGCGCGGAAAAAAAUCAAAAGAAAAUUCAUUUUUGAAAAUAAAUAAAAUCAUAGAAUAAAUAUGAGAAAAAAUCAAAUAUAAAGUGGAAAUAAACGGAUAUAUUUUUUUUAUUUAAUAAACGAAAAUAUUAAUUUAAAUUGGAAAAUUUUAUUUGAGAAACUAAAGGGAAUUAAAGAGAGUUUUCUAUGGUGGAGAAAAAAAGAUUUUUCAUUAAAGUUUGAAACUACAAAUACAAAGAAGAAAACGUAUUGUUGAUGAUUUUGCCGGUAUAGUUAAAGAAUUUUCUACUUGGGGUAGGUUAGUGUUGUUUUGUAUCCAGUAUUUAUUCAUUCAUUCAGUGGUUGUAUGUUGCAAGCAAUGUAGCAACAGCAUUCGUAGCAGCAGCAUCUCUUGGCAGCAACAUCAUCAACAACAUAAAAUCUCAUAAUGAGUUUCUCGUAUUGCAUAUGAAAAAAAAAAACAGCAAGCAGUCAGUAUAAGGGUGUCAACGUAUAGAUAGAUACUUGCAACAUUUCCAUAAAUAUACACAAACAAACAUUUAUAGAAAAUAACUACAGUUUUCCCCCCGGAGGAGUGAGUGAGAAUCUUUUGUAUUUAUGCACAAAUACAUUUGCAUAUGGAAAACCAACAACUUCAAACGGAAAUAUAAGUUCUAAAGUUAAAAGUGUAAUUAAAACAGUGUCAAAGUUGACAAUUGCAACAAAAAACCGAAAGAAAAAAGUGAAAAACAUAAAACCGGAAGAAGUGCAAAAUCAUUGUUUGUUUUUUGAAAAAUAUACACAACUUUUAUAAUUACGAAAAAAGUACUUGCUAAGCCUCUUUUAACAACAAAAAAUUUAAAGAAACAACUAAAACAAUUCACUUUAAAUAUCUUUAAAAAUUUGCAUUUAAACUAAACUAAAUAAAAAACUUAAUUUAUACAACUGCCAAAACGUUACCAACGAAAAACCACAAAAAAAAAAAAAAAUAAUUAAAUCGCACAUACAAAUAAAAGUUGCCGCCCUUUUUUGUGUCGUUGCUCCUUCCCACCCACCGUUGUCUAUUGAAUGUAAUAAAAAAAGAAGCAUCGUUAAAUAACUCUAACAUUAUUCAAAUAUUAAGGCUAAUUUUGUCUACCACUUUUGGCCUUUAAAGUAAAAGUUUAAAUUAAAUUUCUAAACAAAAUUUACUGCUUUAAAAUGGAUACGAAUUCAGUGAGUCCUUUGCCCGAUGCUCCCUUGGCCAUGAUGGAAAAUGAGAAGACACCACCGGGUACACCCUCGGCCAAUGAUAUGCCACCACCUCCCGAUGAAAAACGCUAUGAAGAAGAUCCCGAAAAUGCCUGGCAUUGUGGUUCCUGGUUUGAAUAUCUCUUAAUUGUCAUCUUGUCCACCAUACUGUUGGUGGGCGUAUUGGUGUUGACUUUAUUUUGGGUUAUAUUCUAUAGGGGUGGCUUUGCUUGGUCGGAAAAUCCUGAAUUGCAAUUUAAUUUACAUCCUGUUUUAAUGGUUGCUGGUUUCAUAACAUUCUCUGGAUUUUCCAUUCUUUUGUAUCGUCUGUGUCGUUGUUUGAAACACAUUUAUGUUAAACUGGUUCACAUGCUGUUCCAUGCCUGUGCCAUACCAUGUAUUGCUUUGGGAUUUUUGUCUGUGUUCGAUUCGCACAAUCUAUCAGAGCCUCCCAAGCCCAACUUCUAUAGUUUGCACACAUGGUUGGGUUUCGUGACAAUGGGCAUGUUCGUAAUGCAAUUUGUCAUCGGUUUCUUCAGCUUUUUGAUUUUAUUAUGCUGUGAGAAUCGCACUUACAAUUGUCGUGCCACCAUGGUACCCAUACAUGCCAGUUUUGGUUUGGCCAAUUUUAUGAUGGCAAUUGCCACCUGUGUUACUGGUCUGGUAGAAAAGGAACGUCAACUGGUGAGCGGUGAAAAUGGUGAAAAUGCACUAAGUACUCGAAAUUCCGAAAUCGAACAUUAUAUUAUGAAUUCUCUGGGCAUUGUUUUGGUGGCCUUAGGCAUUAUAGUUUCCGUAGCUGUUAGACGAUCAAAUGCUCCAGCCACUGCCAAAGUCUAUGUAACUGAACGAAUUUAAGUUCAUCGACCGCAACAACAAAAAAGACAUGAUUAUCAACAACUUCAAGGACUAACUCCUAUGAACCAACAACCAAUUAUACUUCUAAUACCACCAUCACCACCCCAUUCUUUGAUUUGAAUCAGAAUCAAAAGAAUGUUUUUUGUUGAUUAAAAAUUUAAAAAAGAAAAUAUUUUGUUAUUGUAUGAUUUUAUUUAAAUGUGUUUUUUACAUAAUAAUAAAAAGAAAAUAUAAUGUAAUUUUGUUUUUUAUUAUUUCCAAACUAAAUAAAUAAAAUAUUACA